AUGGCCGCCAAUGACUUGAUUUGCAUGGUGUCUUUAGGCGAGAAUGCCAUAUUCGUGAAGCUAAGUUCGACAACAAGCUUUGAUGAACUCCAAUUUGAUGUGUCUGAAAGAUUGAAAGUACCUAAAGAAGCUUUAUCCUUUAUAUUUAAAUCUGAGAGGCACCCCAACCUCAGUUUUUCAGUUGACAACGAUGAUGAUUUGAAGUGCAUGUUGGAGCACAAUCGAAAUAUUGGUUGUACGGAGAUUCACAUGCAAGCUGCUGUUAAUGUAGAGUGUUCCACUUCAAGGAAAAAUCAGAUUAGGGAAAUUAGUGAUGCCUCUUUGAAUGCAGAAUAUAGUCGUCCUCCUCCAGGAAAUGCAUCCAAUUCAGAGAGAAUCCAAAAUGAUUUCCCGUCUGGUGAGGUUGUAAUGAGAGCUGAUGAUAUUCUCAACAACACUUCCAGCAUUCCUCAAUGGUGGCACACAACAUUAACUGAAAAGGGGCAACAAUUUGAGACUGUAAACGAAUUGAGACUAGCUUUGCAGUACUAUUCCAUGGCGAAAAAAUUUGACUAUGAAUUUGUAAAGAAUGAACCCAAACGUAUCCGAGUAUGUUGUCGAUAUAAGGAGACAUAUGGAUGCCCUUGGAUGCUCUUUGCAUCUCCUGUUAAGUAUGGUAAAAGAAUUGAAAUCAAAAGGUUUGUGAAUGAACACAGUUGUGGACAACAUGCUAACAAUUCAGGGCAAUCACGGGCAUCUCGUAAAUUCAUAGCAGCCCAAUUGCGACCGGUAUUAAAGGCGCGACCUCAAAUCCGACCAAUUGAUGUGCAAAAGGAGUUCCUCACUCGAUAUGGAUUGAGACUUGAAUACAGUAAGAUAUGGUGGGGCAAAGAAAGAGCGCAGGAGGAUAUGUAUGGUGAUAGUUAUGAGGCUUAUGAUCAAUUAAGAUGGUAUGAGCAAAAGGUGAAGGAAACGAAUCCAGGAAGCUACAUAUGCAUUGACCAGAAUGAAGGAAGGUUCAAAAGACUGUUUAUAUGUUAUGCCGCUUGCAUCGUUGGUUUCUUAAAUGGGUGUAGACCCCUAUUAUUUUUGGAUGGGACCUUUUUGAAAGACAGAUACAAAGGCAUGCUCCUGAGCGCCAUAGCAUACGACGGAGACCAAGGGAUAUUUCCGGUUGCGUAUUGUAUAUGUGAUCAGGAAAAUGUUGAUAAUUGGAGAUGGUUCCUUCAAGGCUUGUGGUCCAUACUGUAUGAAAGGUUAGACCCGUACAAUCCUCCCCACCAAUUGGUAAUUAUUUCUGAUGCCGACAAGGGGAUUCGAGAAGCCGUGAGAGAAUAUUUCCCUGAAGCAAUCCACUCACGAUGCGUGCUGCACCUAGUUGAAAAUUUUAGAACAAAGCUAAAGGAUUUGGGAUUGAAAGCAAAGGACACACAAGUUUUGGGGAGUUUGCUCCAAUCUGCUUGCUAUAAAUACACUAUAGCGGAAUGGAACGACUACAUGAAGGAAAUUUAUGAGAUGGCUCCAGUCGCAUAUGAGAUUGUACUCUGUUAUUCGCCAGAGAAAUGGGCGAAUGCAUUCUUCCCUGGCAUCAGAUAUGGUCAUGUAACCUCUAAUGUUGCAGAAUCCUUUAACAGCUCGAUUGUUACGUAUCCUGCAAAUGAUAGAGCAUAUCCGAAAACAAAUUAUGAGUCGCCUGAACAAUAG